AUGAUUUUUCAAUUAAGAAUAUUUUUCUUUUUCUUCUUUUCUUGUUUUUUUUUUCUUUUUCUUCAUUUCGUCUUUUUUUCUUCUUUUCUUUUCUUCAUUUCGUCUAUUUUCUUCUUCUUUUUCUUCUUUUCCUUUCUCUUUCUUCUUUUCUUGUUUUUUCCCUUUUCUUUUUCUUCUUUUCUUUUUCUUCAUUUCGUCUUUUUUUCUUUUCUUCAUUUCGUCUUUUUCUUCUUCUUUUUCUUCUUUUCCUUUCUUUUUCUUCUUUUCUUUUUUCCCCCUUUUCUUUUCCUUCUUUUCUUUUUCUUCAUUUCGUCUUUUUUCUUUUCUUUUUUUCAUUUGGUUUUUUUUUCUUCUUUUCUUCUUUUUUUCAUUUUCUUUUUUCUUGUUUUUUUUUUUCUUUUUUUCUUUUUUUUCUUCAUUUUUUUUUUUUUUCUUUUCUUUUCUUCAUUUCGUCUUUUUCUUCUUUUUCUUCUUUUCCUUUCUUUUUCUUCUUUUCUUGUUUUUUCCCUUUUCUUUUUCUUCAUUUCGUCUUUUUUUCUUCUUUUCUUUUCUUCAUUUCGUCUUUUUCUUCUUUUUCUUCUUUUCCUUUCUUUUUCUUCUUUUCUUGUUUUUUCCCUUUUCUUUUUCUUCAUUUCGUCUUUUUUUCUUUUCUUCAUUUCGUCUUUUUCUUCUUUUCUUUUUCUUCAUUUCGUCUUUUUUUCUUCUUUUCUUUUCUUCAUUUCGUCUUUUUCUUCUUCUUUUUCUUCUUUUCCUUUCUUUUUCUUCUUUUCUUGUUUUUUUUCCUUUUCUUUUUUCUUCUUUUCUUCAUAUCGUCUUUUUCUUCUUCUUCUUCUUUUUCUUUUUUUCCUUUCUUUUUCUUCUUUUUCUUAUUCUUCUUUUCUUCUGUUCUUUUUCUUCUUUUUCUCUGUUCUUUGUCUUCUUUUAUUUUCUUCUUUCUUUUUUUCUUCCUUUCUUUUCUUCUUUUCUUUCUCUUCUUUUUUUUUCUUUUACUUUAUGUUAUUUCUUUAUUGCCUCACUUAUCUUCUUUUCUUUGUCCUUUUCUCCUCCGUUAUCUUCUUUUUAUUGCCCCCGUUUCUCAUUUCUUCACCUCACCUUGACGCAGCUUACCACCCACCCAUCCAUCCUUAUUUUUCGAUAUCUACAACUUCUUUUCUUACUUUUUAUUCUUUCAAAAGUCACAGUAUCUACUUCUCUUCGUCUUCUUCUUUUUUCUUCUUCUCCUCCUUUUCUUCUUCUUUUUCUUCUCUUUUCUUCUUCUUCUUCUUCUUCUUAUUAUUAUUAUUAUUAGUAGUAGUGAGGUUCUUUACCUCUCCCCUCUCUCCUCUCUCUCUCUCUCUCUCCGCCUCUCUAUCUACCUUUCUCUACUUCUCUAUCCCUCUCUCUACUUCUCUCUCUUUCUCUCUCGUCCCCUCUUUCUCCCUUUUUCUCUCUCCCUCUCUCUUUCCCCCCUCCUUCGCUAUCUCUCCCCCUUUCUUUCUCCCUUCCAUAUCUCUCACUCUUUCUAUCUAUCUCUCUACCUCUUUCUAUCCCUCUCUUCACCUCUCUUUCUCUCUCCCCCUUCCCUUUUUCCCGUCUCUUUCUCCUCUCCUUCCCUCUCUCCCUCUCUACUCUUUCUCUCCUUUGUCUCUCCUAUUAUCAAUCUCACUCUCUUUACCUCUUUCUCUCCCUUUCUCCCCCUUUCUCUACUUCUUUCUCUCUUUCCCCUCUCACUCGUCUCUCUCUUUCUCCCUAAUUCCCUCUCUUUCCCCUCUCUUUCUUCUCCUUCCCUCUCUCUCUCUCUUACUCGCUAUCUCAAGGUCUUUACCUAUUUCUGUCCUUCGCUCCCCUCUCUCUACUUCUUUCUCUCUCUCACUUUCUUCUCCCCUCUCCCUCCCCAGCUAG